AUUCGUGCGGGCAGCACCGGGGCGCGCACGGACUGGCAGGUGCACCGGUUUCACAUCUCCAUCGGUCGCGCUUCGUUUCGCCUAGAUCGGUAUUGUGGAAUGUCAGUUAUGAAAGUUCCGCGGCCGCAUUCGCACCGGUGACCUCUUUCUUCACGUCUGUUUACACACGCACUCUUCACAAUCCGUGUGUUUCGCAGUCAACGAACGAUGAUGUGAACGUGCGGGUGCAGUAGCCUCCAGGCAACAAAACAAUCAACAGGCAUCUGAAUAAUUGCAUUAAUUGUACAAUUAACCGCGUAGAAAAUGAGUGACCUCAACCCAAGCCAGUAUCUAAAUGGAAAUCAUACAGCAAUGGGCUCUAGUCAGCCACUAGAUGAGCCCAGGUUCAGGUAUGAGUCAGCCAGAGAGCAAGAUAUCAUUCGAGCACACAGGCUGGAUCCUGCUGUGAUUCCAAAGAGUGGCAAAGUGAAUGAAAUGUGCAGGCAGUGGCUGGUGCAUGAAGAUGGUGCCUUAGCAUAUCAGUUACAAAACCAAGAGAUUAAUCAACAUUUGUCAGGCAAUAAGAAUAGAAAUGCUCAAAUUCGAGAGGAUCUACCUUGUGCUGUGGAUGAACAGCUCAGGGAGCAACAACUUGCUGAGCAGGCAGCUGCAGUUUAUCACAGAAUGCUUCAGGAACAAGAAGAAGUGGACAAGCAGGUGGCGCAGCAAUUAGCUGACAAAAUUGAGAAAGAUGAGAGGAUAAAACGACGCGUUUUGGAACUGCAUGAUGAGGAGAUUGCCAAGAGAUUAUUGGAUAAGGAAAGAGGUAGGAUCAAACAACCAAUGCAGCCUGCACAUAUGCCUAUGCAGGUGCAUCAUGCAUCACCACAUCGGCCUGACGCAAGUAAUUACUUUGCAAAUUUGCCGAAAAGACAAGCACCCGCUAUGCCUAUACCAGAUGAUUACAGUGAUCUGUACACUGAGCCAUACAAAGAGAAAGAUAAACAUCCUCCAGAGUUAACUCUAGUUGAAGACUUUGAUAGGAUUGAUAUUCAAGAAGUUGGACUACCGAUUGAUGAAUAUGAAGAUAAAUGGAGGCAAGAAGAGAAAGAUGCUGCUCUAGCAAGACAAUUACAAGCUGAAUUGAGUAAUUCAGAGGAAUCUAUCUUAGAUCGUGAUAGAAUGUUGGCGAUUGAAGCGCAGGAUAAGGAACUUGCUAAGUUAUUGCAAGAACGUGAAAGAGCGAAAGCCAAACGCGCCAAAGAAAGGGCCAAGCAAAAGGCGCUAGCAAAGAAACAAGCUCAACAACAAUUAGAGCAAGAACAACAAAUGCACCAGUUGAUGCCAGAUGAUUCGUAUUCAAGUCCGAUUGAUCUACUGCCACCGCCGCAACGAAAUCCAGGACAUAGUAUGCAAAAACAAUAUGUUUCUCCAGAGGAAGACAUGAAUUAUAGUUAUCCAGUUGAUGUGAUACCGCCAGGAAAACAUACUCAGCAUUAUACUCAGCAUAACUUUCCGGGGAAUUCGAUUUUUGACAAUAAUGAUGUGCCUCCUCCUGUUAGACCAACACAACUUGACUUAAAGUCACCGUUGACACAAAAAAUUAACAAGCCACGGUUUCCGGAUCCGGUGGAUGAUCCACCAUCCCCGCAUUCACCAGUGUCACCAGGUGAUACUUAUCAGUCUCCGUCCUCAAAGCAUGCUAACUUGCAAAACAUUGCCAUGGCGAUUGAUCCCACUUAUCCAAGACGCACCAAACAGUCACCGCCCAGUUAUGACAUAUCAUCGAGUACUGUGACCACUUCGACGUCGAGUAGUAGUCCGGGGAUGAUGCUCCCAACGCCAGAUUUGCACGAUGAUGAUCUUAGUCCGGUGCCGCCGUAUAUGCCUAUACAGGGCCAGCGCCGUACUGCUUCCCUAGAGAAGAAGAAAAAGCGAAGUAAGGAUGGUUGCAAACAGCAAUAAUUUACAAUAAUUGCUAUAUAAGCUGGUGAGAAACUUUACAUAUUGGUCAUAUAUUCAACAUAGUCAUAUAUUUAUUCAAGUUACACGUUAAUAUUCAUUCCUUUGUUUGUAAUACUUGUCAUAUCAUGCAUAGAUAAUCUUAAAUGAAGGUUAUCUAAUCAGGUAUCAAAUUAUGGAGUUUCAGUUAUUGAUAUAUAUUGUGUUUAAAAGCAAUGAACCAAAAUUGAUUGCUAAAUUUAUUGAUUACAUCGAUUUUAGAAGCAUUUUUUAAUUGGUACUUUAGAAUUAUGGUAACAAUUCGGUGAUUUUACUUUGGACUGAAGGUUUUUUAAUGAUACAUUUGUAAAUCAUUGCAUUGAAAGGGACAUUUUUAGAUUGAUAUUUAUAACUAAUAAUGAAUGCAUUUUUAUACAAUAUUUUACCUAUUAUUAUACAACAGUGCUGUAUAAUAAACAUAUUUUUAUACCAAAA